GUUAGUUUCUAUUUUCUCUCUCUCUCUCUCACUAAAAAAAUCUCAUCAAGGCUGAUUCUCUCUCUAAAAAUUGAAUCGCCACCGCAGCUCUGCUAAUUUAAGUCGCCCAACUCAUACACUUCAACGCCGCUUUACACAGAGAAACAGAGGAGGAGGAGGAGAUCGGCGACCUUUUCUUUUUCUCUGUUUUUGUUUUCUGUUUACUUUUCUUCAAGUGCUGCCAUCGUCGUCGCCAUGGGUCAAGCUUUUCGCAAGCUCUUCGAUGCUUUCUUCGGGAACACUGAGAUGCGAGUUGUAAUGCUUGGACUAGAUGCCGCUGGUAAAACAACCAUCCUUUAUAAACUGCACAUUGGAGAAGUCUUGUCUACUGUUCCUACAAUAGGUUUUAAUGUGGAAAAAGUUCAGUACAAGAAUGUGAUGUUUACAGUUUGGGAUGUUGGUGGGCAAGAGAAACUAAGGCCAUUAUGGAGGCAUUACUUUAAUAAUACGGAUGGAUUGAUUUAUGUCGUUGACUCCUUGGACAGAGAGAGAAUUGGACGAGCCAAGGCAGAAUUUCAGGCCAUAAUCAGUGAUCCAUUUAUGCUCAACAGUGUCAUCUUAGUGUUCGCAAACAAACAGGAUAUGAAAGGAGCUAUGUCACCAAUGGAAGUAUGUGAAGGGCUAGGCCUGUUUGAUCUCAAGAACAGAAAAUGGCACAUACAGGGUACCUGCGCUCUCCGGGGUGAUGGCCUUUAUGAGGGCUUGGAUUGGCUAGCUAACACCCUCAAGGAGAUGAGAGCUGCUGGAUACUCUUCAGUGGGCACCUCAUCAUUCUAGUAGUUAAGGUUUACCUGGAAUUGUUGGGACUGUUCAAUUGAUAAGAGCUGGCCAGUUACGCUUCGAAACGUCCUGAACUGUAAUCAACUAGAAUCGGGGUUUUCCUUGUCUUGACUAUAAACAGAGGAUUCUAUUAGGUGCUUAAUCGUAGCCUUUGUGCUCUCGGACUUGUAACUAAAUCCAUUGUAUAUUGUGCAAAUCUCUAGCAAUUUGUAUGCUUCUGAUUCAAAGGUCCUUAGUAUUCUUUUCCUGA